CGUUCCAGCUCUCCUUCUUCCUCUUUUUUUUCCCCUUUUCUCUAAGCACUUCGUCUGUAACACCCAUGCAAUUCUUCACCCUGAUCUUCUUGAUUCUUUUCUUUUUCUCUAAAUUCAACCACUUACAAACAGGAUGAAUCAGAUCGGGAAAAUUGGAUCAGAGCAGAACAAACGUAGAUGGGGCAAUUUGGUAAUUGCUGAACUCACCCCCAAAGGAUAUAUCAAAACGCCCAUAAACUUUUGGCAAAAUGGAUUGGAAGAGCUCCAACUUUUUCAGCCCAAAAAGCCCGUAUUGGAACAAAGCCAGCCCAAAAAUUCCGUUUGGUCGGUAUAAAACGCAUCUUUUUGAAAAAAGUUGCAUUUUAUACUUUUGAUCCUUCUUCUUUCUUCGUCUUCUACUCUUCUUCAACGCGUAUUCCUGUGUGUGUGUGUGAGAGAAAGAAAGAUGGGAAGGCUUUUUGCGAUCACUCUUGAAGGACGCAUCUAUAGCUGCAAGCACUGCACGACACACCUUGCUCUUUCUGAUGAUAUCGUUUCUAAGUCUUUCCGUUGCAAGCAUGGAAUGGCUUAUCUCUUUGAUAAAGUCGUAAAUGUCACACUUGGAGAGAAAGAAGAGCGCUUGAUGAUUACUGGAUUGCACACUGUUGUUGACAUUUUUUGUGUUGGAUGUUGCUCAGUUGUGGGUUGGAAAUAUGAGGCUGCACAUGAGAGAACCCAGAAGUACAAGGAAGGAAAAUUUAUCCUAGAGAGGUUUAAGAUGUUUGGUCCUGAUGGGAGCUUCUUCGCAACACCUCAUGAUGCUACAUUUGGUAGUAGUGAUGCUGAUGAUGCCUGACUAGCCAUUCAAUAUGGAAUUGAUGGACUAUUUUAAUUUUACAUUCUAUGCACUCUAUGUUCUUGGUUGAGUCUGAAACCUGAGUUCAUAAUGUUAGUCUCUUCACUGUUAUGGACCAUUUUUGCAGAUUGUAUUAUAACAAUGCACUUUCUCUAAUUUAAAUUUUUGUUGGUAUAGAA